GAUCAGCGGUGUGCGACGCAUGCUCAUGGAGAUCCUCGAAAACGACGAAGAUUUGCACAUGCUCUAUUUGACGAAGAUUUUCGCCGAGCCAGCCGUGGCGUCGGACCUCUUGAGCUUUGACACGGAAGACGCCGAGUCGCUUUUGGAAGUUUACCUGCAGGACAUUUACGCGACCCAAACCCGCGUGUCGCUCAUGCUCAACAACAUUCGAAACACCGAGUCGAUGUUGACUUGA